UCAGCCUCAGCUGUCACUGUCAGUGCCAGGCCAGGAUCUGACGCAAAUGUCUAUCGAAUAUUUAAUUCGUGUACUUUUUGGUAAUUUAUUUUCUUUCUGAAUUAUAAUCGAGUGUAACAUACUUGCUUUCGCAUUUAAAUACUAUACCAAUGUAGUAUCAUAGAUGUUCAUUGUAUUAUUGCUUGAUAGCAUUAGUAAAACAUGUCAAUGGAGGAGGUAGUAAAGAAAGAGCCAGAAUGGCUCGACAACUGCGUGAAGAUCCCUGAAGAAGCCAUGGGAGAGAUGGAAAACCUGUACAAGGACCACGAAAUUAAAGAGGAACUUGUGUUGGGCCCAGAAUUGAUGGUGAAGCCACCAGACACUACAGCAGAACCAGAUUCACAGAAGAUAGAAACUGAAUUCAAAGUGAAGAUAGAACGGCUAAAGGACGAACCCUGUGAAAAGAUUGCUUGUAAACAGGAGAAUGCAGAUGACUCUGAUAAUGAACCCUUGUCAUAUUUAGAAAAUCCAGGAAUGAUUUACAUCGGAGAUCACAAAACCACUGAUAAUGAACCCUUGUCAAAUUUAGAUAAUCCAGGAAUGAUUUACAUCGGAGAUCACAAAACCACUGAUAAUGAACCCUUGUCAAAUUUAGAUAAUCCAGGAAUGAUUUACAUCGGAGAUCACAAAACCACUGAUAAUGAACCCUUGUCAAAUUUAGAUAAUCCAGGAAUGAUUUACAUCGGAGAUCACAAAACCAAUAAUAAGUCUUUUAAGGGUCAAAAGUUAAAGUAUUUAAAGUCUAAACCAAAAAAAGAACGCUACAACUGCAUAUAUUGUACAGAGAAAUUUCGAAAUAAAAAAGCAUUGGUUAAACACGAACGAACACAUUAUCAAAAAACAUACUCAUGCGAUAUAUGCGAAAGACGCUUCAAGUGUUCCGAUUAUAUGAAUAAGCAUGUCAAGCGAGUUCACGCGAAAGAAAGGCUAUAUAAAUGCCAUUUUUGCACAAAACGGUUUAAAGUUAGAAGUGUAUUGACAGAGCAUAUGAGAACACAUCCAAAGACCUUUGAAUGUGAUUUAUGUGGUAAAGCAUUUUGGUCGAAGAAUCGUGUAGCAACACACAUACAUAAAACACAUAGCUAUUGGAAAUGCGAUAUAUGUAGUAAGCAGUUUGAAGUUAAACGAAAACUUAUUCAGCAUUUACGGUAUCAUAUGUAUUCAGAACCUAAAGCGCCCCAAAUAAUACUGUAUUGGGAGAAAUUAAUAGCAAAUGAAAAGAAAUUAACAUGCAAUUUGUGCCAUAAAAUAUUCUACCAACAUUCGAAUCUAGCUAAACAUAUGCUGAACCAUACAGGUGAAAGACCCUUUAAAUGUAAUUUAUGUGAAAAAACUUUUUUGUCUAAACAAAACUUGGAAUCCCACUCAUAUGUUCACACAGGGAAAAAGCUGUUCAGUUGCAGUUUUUGUCCAAAGGAGUUCAUACAAAAAUCAAGUUUGAUAUAUCAUGAGAAAGAACAUACAGGCGAUCUACGUUAUGCGUGUGAGGUGUGUGGCAAAAAAUAUGCAAAAAAAUGGUGUCUACAUGUACACCGGCUAGUGCAUACUAAGGAGAAACCUCUACAGUGUAAUAUUUGUGAAACGCGCUUCAAACGUACAACUUCGUUAGGAAGACAUAUGCAGAAGCACGCCGGACUGACAUUUUCAUGUGAAGCUUGUGAAAAACAAUUCAAUACCUUACCCAAAUUGAAGCAACACAAAAAAAUACAUGAAGGAUUACGCUUCGAGUGUGUGGUGUGUAAAAAUAUGUAUAGUACGAAAAGCUCCUUAGUGGCUCAUUUCAAGAAAGCUCAUACUGAAAUUACUGAUGAUUGUGAAGAAGGCACGUUUAUUGUUGGUAUUUAGUGUAGGCAAAGACACAUUGAUUGAGUAAGAUGUGUAAAAUCUAAGAAAAUUUUGGAGUGGAAGUGUAAUAAACAAAGAAUAAUUCUAGUAUAUAAGAAAGUCUUAUAUACUAGAAUUAUUCUUUUCAUCACACUUGCUCGAAAAAGAUGUUAUUUCACGCAGGUGUACUGAAGGACAAAGGCCUAUUUUGUUCCCGCGGGAGUUAUAGCUUGUGAAAAAAAAGCUAUAACUCCCUAGGGAGUUAUAGCUUUUCCUUUUUAAUUAUAUCAAUUAUACAAAUUAAGUAGCAUAAAUGAAUUUUACUUUUAAAAUAAUGUCGUUUAUAAUUUAAUAUUUUUGUUUAUGUUACAAUGUUUUAAUUUGAUUAAUUUAACAGCCAUUUUAAAAUAUUUUUACAAAAUUUUCAAUCGUGGCUGAAUGCCGAAUAGGUCUGUGUCUUCGACGCCUAACCCAGAAAUUAGAAAAGUGCGGACGAAUGUUUGAUAUGUCACCGUAUUUAAGAAUUAUUUCGCUUAAAAUUUAGUUUUUUCUUCGCAAGUGUGAUGAAAAACAUUGUGUGUAACUCCGGGGGUAAGAAUAUUACAAACUAGGGUCUUUAAUUACCACCCUCGUAUCCAAAAUUUCACUUACCCCCCUCGUUGCACAAUGAACUAUUGUUUAUUACACGAAACUGAUCUAGAA